AUGUCGUCUUCUACGUGGGCCGGUGAUGGCUCAUAUACUACAGGGAGCCGCCGCAAAAAGGCAUAUGAGUGGCUGAAGGCAGCAAACGAGCUGGGUCAGACGUACACGUCACGAUGGACCGGGCAAGGAACCAAUAACCAGGAGGACUAUUACCAUACCCCCGGCGCAUUUCCGGAUGUUGAGAUAGCACGGUCUGGAGAUGAGGAGAUGGUCCUAUUCCCUAGCUAUGCAAGGACGUUGACGCCAAAAGAGAAGGAUGCGAGCUUGCGCCCACGCCGUGAUUCGUGGACGGAGACUAUCGAUGACUAUCGGGGUACUUCCGAGAGGGAUGACCCUAGACCCCACUGGGACAAAAGUGAGCUUGAGAAUGCGGUAGUGGAUGUUGAUGUCCGUGGAUGGAUUUAUGCGCCAAAUCGGGGACCGAUGAACCGCAAGCAUCGCCUGAUGAUCAAGUUAGCCAGGACAUUAAGUGGAAUCCCGACACCAUCCGGCGCUGCCAGUGACGAUAGCCCUGACAAGGUUUCCGGCAAAGGCGAGGAUGAAGAUGUGGACAAGCAGAUGAAAAAUUUAGUCGACAAAGCAGAGCAGGACGCCGACCCGGCCUGGAAGAUGUCUAAUACAGAACGCAGCCGGGUAGAGUCAGGCCAGCCUGCAACGAUGACCAAAGACCAGAUAUCCAUGGCCAAUGCACAUCUCAUGGAACGACUGCGUCCGUUCUUGACGAACCCUAUGGCUGGUAUGCCUGUGACAGUGUUCUUUUUCGAUGAUGAACAGAGCGAGUCCCGGAAUAUGAUGACGGACGAGUCCGGCUAUUUUAAUCUUCGUGCUCCAUUGAACUUCGUGCCCACUCAUAUCCGUGUGCUUGCGUCUGAAGACUUGUCUGCUGCUAAGGCAAUCGAAAUCAUCGAGCCGGUGGGUAUCAGCUUGAUCAGUGACAUCGACGAUACUGUCAAACACUCAGCUAUUGCCAGUGGAGCGAAGGAGAUGUUCCGAAACACCUUUGUUCGUGAGCUAGCUGAAUUGAAAGUCGGUGGAGUUGAUAAGUGGUAUACACAAGUAGCCAAGAAGGGCGUGAAGAUACACUAUGUUUCCAAUGCUCCCUGGCAGCUUUAUCCAUUGUUGGAGAGGUAUUUCAAGCUUGCGGGCUUACCACCAGGCUCUUUUCAUCUCAAGCAGUAUUCAGGCAUGUUACAGGGAAUAUUCGAGCCGACAGCUGAGAGAAAGAGGGGAAAUUUGGAGCAAAUCCUUCGUGACUUUCCUGAGCGCAAGUUUAUCUUGGUCGGUGACAGCGGAGAGGCCGAUCUGGAGGUCUACACCGAUAUUGCUCUGGCAAACCGAGGCCGGGUUCUGGGAAUUUUCAUCCGAGACGUAACGACACCAGAAAAGAAGCCCUUCUUUGAGAAAUCAGUUGGUCACUUAGAGGGGCUUGAUGCUCGCAGUCGCAGCUCCCCGCAGCUUGUGGAGUCCUUUGAUUCUCCUCCGAGAAGGCCUAGCCUGCCACCUCGUCGGCCCGUGCCAACCCCACCAGAGAGAGAGGUGAAAAAUGUCCCUGUCGGAGAUUUGAUUGAUCUAGGAGAUGAAGAUACCACGGAAACUGCGAAACCGAGCCCACCAGUGAAACCACGGAUGCCUCCAACCAAGCCGAGCAAACCAUCAGCACUACGGACUGAUACACGCCAGUCCUCCCAAGAACCAAUCCGUCGAAAAGCGGUGCCUCCACUACCACCUCGGGGGGCAUCAACAGCCAGAAUAGACUCGCUAGUUGAUCUUGACCCGUCACCGUCCAUCUCUCGUACCCAAACCGAACCGCUGCUGGAAGACAAGCCCCAGGCAUCGGCACAAUCAUCUCGCUCUAGAGUACCGCCACCUCCCCCACCACCCCGGCGCUCAAAUACCGCCUCAUCAGCGAACAGCUCUGCAUCCAGCACGCCCGCUCCGCGGGCUGCGCCUGCAAUCCCGGGGAACAAGCCCUCAUACCCAGUAUCUGCCGCUCAAAAUGCCCUUGCAUAUGCUACUGAAAGACUCAACCUAUCUGCUUCACCAUCAGCCGGACUACGGCAAUCAGCAUCCAACCAAUCGCUGCCCCGACAAUCGAACAACGGUUAUAACAGCUACAACGGCAGUGACCCUAGCAUGCCACCCGCCCCGCUGCCCAAUAAGCGUGAAGAACUCUGGCGACGCCGCUGGGAGCGUGCUAGUGAUAUCCUUGAGAGUCAUGGUGUUGUGCUAGGCAGUUGGCGUGUCGGUGGUGAUGCAGAACCGGUUUGUAUGUGGUUGAUUGAAGACGCUUUCAACGAAAUCAAGGCCAACGGUGCUGGACGCCGAUGA